AUGAAGCCCUCCACCAUCCCCACCUUCCUCCUCGGCGCCCUCUCCCUCUUCGCCCCUUUCGCCGCCGCCAAGCUCCCCUCCGUCGAAGACUUUGGCUACGAAACCAACGGCCUCGCCGAAAACGGCCUCUGCCGCAACUACCUCAACACCUACAUCGACGGUCUCACCACGUGCGACACGUACUGCACGGCCAAGGGCAACCACGACGGGUUCGUCGGGUGCGAGACGGUGCGCGAGGGCUCCAAGGACACGGGCAACAAGUACACGCGCCAGGAUCCCGAGGGCAACCUGUGGGCGCUGGGCCGCUGCAUCUGCGAGACGCCCGGCAUCGUCAAGGUGCUCGUCGAGAAUUUCGCGCUGGCCAUGCCGGCGUUCGGAUCCGUCACGUGCUCCGUGUGGUUCGAGGUCGGCGGCCAGGUGCUCAAGGCGGGCAUCAGCGCCAUCCCCACCACGGGGAUCAGCAGCCGUAUCUUGACCGCGUUGAUCCAGGGGGCCAAGACGGCCAACAAGUUUGGCGGCAGCUACGCGCUCGACUUUUACCAACAGUGGUACGAGGGGAUCUGCGGCACCGGGCCCUGGACGGAGGAGAUUCAGGACAUGUUCAACAUCCUCUCCUACGUGGACAAGGGCAUCGAGGCCCUCGAGCAGAACGACAACUCCAACCUUCCUCCCCAGGCGGGCCAGCAUAACCAGGGCCUGAUUCUGGGUGGACGGGUCGCCAACACGGUGCCUGUCCGGUUCCGCGCGUAA